AGCACUUCCGGCCCCAUCAUGGCGGAGGCGCUCUCUGUGCCCGUCUCUAUGGUCAGCGCUCCCGUGUCUAUGGCCCGCCGCGGGGCAUUGUGGGUGCCUGGCGGAGUUAUGGUGGCGGUGUAGGGCUCGGCUGUGCAGGGUGGAGGAGGUCGUGCUGAGUGAGGAUGACGACAGCAGCCAGGCCGACGUUUGAACCUGCCAGAGGAGGAAGAGGAAAAGGUGAAGGAGACUUAAGCCAGCUAUCCAAACAGUAUUCUAGCAGAGAUCUUCCUUCUCAUACUAAAAUCAAAUACAGACAGACCACUCAGGAUGCUCCUGAGGAAGUGCGUAACCGGGAUUUCAGAAGGGAGCUGGAGGAGAGAGAACGAGUUGCUGCCAGAGAAAAGAACAGAGACAGACCAACCAGAGAACAUACAACAUCAUCUUCUGUGUCUAAGAAGCCUCGGCUAGACCAGAUUCCUGCUGCAAAUCUUGAUGCAGAUGAUCCUCUUACUGAUGAAGAUGAUGAAGAUGAGGACUUGGAAGACAGUGAUGAUGAUGACACUGCAGCCCUUCUGGCUGAACUGGAAAAAAUCAAGAAAGAAAGAGCUGAAGAACAAGCUCGAAAGGAACAAGAGCAAAAGGCGGAAGAAGAGAGAAUUCGGAUGGAGAACAUCCUGAGUGGUAACCCACUGCUGAACCUCACUGGGCCAGCACAGCCUCAGGCAAACUUCAAAGUUAAAAGGAGGUGGGAUGAUGAUGUUGUCUUCAAGAACUGUGCCAAGGGGAUAGAUGAAACGAAAAAGGACAAAAGAUUUGUCAAUGAUACUCUGCGAUCAGAGUUUCACAAAAAGUUCAUGGAAAAGUAUAUCAAGUAGUGAAGUUUUAUGUGCAGUAGUGCAGAAGGACUUGGUAGGUCAUGACUGUUCCCUCCAUUUCCCUCAGAAUUUAAGACUGAAUGUUUGGUCAUGGAUUCUCAAAUGCUUUUCCAAGAUCAGCAACAGCUUCAUAAUUAAUAAGUGAUAUGUAUCUGGAGUUUUUAUUCCUGCAUAUUGUUUUCCUUUACAGUUUUAAUUAAACCAGUUUGUGUCUCAUGAAUGUUUUUUUUCUUCAUGUGUGUUUACUUUUACUGUCCACCUGUAAAUGGUAAAAGAGAGAAGCUGAUUUGCAAUAAAUACUCCUGAUCAUUUAAAUUGC